AGGGAAUGACAAACAUCGAUUGCAGGACUCAGGACCUGUGUCAGGUGUCAGGAGGGAGAGGCUGGAGGGAGAAGCUGGAGUGGAGAGAGAGGCAAAGGUGGCGACAAACAAGAAGAAAUUGUUGUCUUCAUGUGAAGUGAUUCUUCCCUGUAGACGCUUGGUAGUAAAGCCUAAGGCGCAGUGCCGCGCUUCUUGAAACCUUUCCCCUUGGAAAAGGACCUGAAGAACAACAGUGUAGACAUUGGGUUGACAUUGGCAGCACAUUGUUUAGUGAAGGCCUUGCAAUGUUGGUCUACAAAAUGCAGGUUGUGCUACAUCUAGCAAUGAGCAGCCUUUAGCAUAUGUCAAGUAGACUUCUGCGUCAAUGAUUUUUGGCAUUCAUUGCAAAAAGGGUGUGCAGAAGGCAGGCCCUGCACCUGCCACCUAGAAGCCAGCAUUGACCAACCUCCAACAAUCUGUGUGCAACCAGCUUUUGCUGCAUUGUGCUGCAAUCUGAGGUCCCAGCUAUGUCUGCGGCUAAAGCCGCAGUCCAGGCAUGCCGAGUGGGAAUCAAUCCUUUUGGUAACAGGCAGAGUCUCUCAGUGUCCAGUCACACUAGCACGCUCCCUCAUCCCAAGCGCCGCCAAUUGUCAAGGCAACAGUCUGCCUUUGCAAGCCUAGGUACCCACCAGUGGCAAUGUGCAUCUUCAGGGCGCCUUAAUCUGGAAGCUGCUGGAUUAAGCGAGGGGUUAGCGAAGCGAGAUGCAGGAAGAUUCAGCCAGUGGUGGGGAGGCAGGGAAUGUCAGGGACGAAAUGAGGGUCGGAGGAGGCCUGCAUGCGUGGGCGCCUCGGCAGAAGGACAACAAACAAAUGAGGAACCACAGCCUGCAAAGGAUUCCCCUCUGGAGGCAGUGACGGAGGCCGUCACCAAAAAAGCGCCCGCCGUCAUCUCCAACCUAGCAAACCGCCUCAUCUUCGGGACGCUUAUCGGGGUCGUAGCCGGCUCGGUCGUCAUCGCGGGGGGGUGGUGGUUCACACUCGUCCUGGCUGUGGUACAAGUGAUUGGGAGUCAAGAGUACUUCAACCUGGUAAAGAGUAAAGCCAUGGUGAAGGACUCGGUACCCCCUCCCACCAUCGCCAUCUACGCCUGCAACACUAUGGCCUUCUUCUUCCCCAUCAUCACCAUGUACUGUGGCGGCCGCAUCGGUGUGGCCCUGACAACCACCGCGUUCGUGCUGAUGAUGGUCCUUCUGCUCCAACCCACCAAGCCCCGCUUCUCCCAGUUCACGACCACUGUGUUUGGCCUCUUUUACACCAGCUACCUCCCCGUCUUCUGGAUCAAGCUCCGGAUGCUUAACGCGCCCGCCCUCAAUAGCGUAAUCGUGCGGAAUUGGCCGAUUCUCCUAGGAGGCCCCGCCCAUUGGACGGUGGGGCUGAUAGCGACGCUCAUCUCCUUUGCCUGCAUAAUCGCCGCGGAUGUAGGCGCGUACUUCGGGGGGAAGACUUUCGGAAAGACGCCGUUGACUGACGUCAGCCCGAAAAAGACGGUAGAGGGGGCCAUCAUGGGGCUGCUGUCGUCGAUUGUCGUAGCGGUGGCACUGGGGCGGCUCUUUAACUGGCCGGUCUCGAUGCUCAGUUCGGCCACUCUCGCAACGCUCAUCUUCAUCGCCAGCCUGUUCGGCGACCUGACCGAGUCCAUGAUAAAACGGGACGCGGAAGUCAAGGACUCGGGCGACCUCAUCCCAGGCCAUGGGGGCAUUCUCGAUCGGGUUGAUAGUUACGUCUUUACAGGGGCGCUAGUGUACUCGUUCGUUAAACUUGGACUUCCAUUAUUUGGACUAUGAUCAUAGUAACUACUUUCUUUGACUUUCUGUAGUGCGGAACACGAGAGGCUUUGCCUCAAUACAUGAGACGAUUGAAGAGCUACGUCUCUCGAGAUGCUGGUACUUAGGCUCAGGCUCUUGGCUUGGAAACCUAGUCCGAUCAAUUGAUUUGAAGAGCGCCGCAUGCUACAUGCAAGCAUGCCCUGCUUCGACCUCCAUUGUUAGCUAGUAUCAUACCAUGUCGUUUGAACAAUGGAAACGAAAGCCUGG